UCGAGGAGACCAGGGGCUUCCACCUCCAUGACUUCUCCCAGAACUUGGAAGGCAAGGUGGGCUGGUUCGCUCAGCAGAUCUUCAAGCUGAAGAUAGCCCAGCUGCUCACGGAGGAGUUCUACAUCGUCCUAGACUCCAAGAACACGUUCAUCCGCGACGUGGAGGCGAACAGCUUCUUCAGCCCGUGCCACCAGGCCUACAAUUUCGCACAGUACACAAUGGACAAGGUGCCCGACCCGCACAACAAGUGGUACCACAAGUCCGCCGAGGCUCUGAACUUGGACAUCAGUCAGGCAGGUGAUACUCUCUGGCCUGCUUCAAUCACGCCGAUGACCAUGCACAGGCAGACGGUGCUGGACAUGCUGGAGUCGAUCGGGGAGGACCCGAGCCCCUACAGCAUCUGCGGGGGGCCCCUCUGCGGCAUGAUGGAGGACGGGGGCGUCACCGAGUUCACGGCGUACCAGUUGUACGCCCACUUCGUGAAGGAUUUCGAGUGUAUCCACAAGACGUCGCCCCCUGGCAAGGAGGACAUCGCCAUCUCGCUCUGGCGCGGCUUCGACGGUAGCUUCGGCCUCCUCGAGAAGGUGGCCAGUAAGGAGC